AGUUGUUCGUACUGACGGUGGUCUGGCCCAGGUACUGAGAGAGGUUCACCUACUGAGACUACUGAAGGAACUGAAUAAUGUCGAACUGGCAAGAAUCAGCAGUCACCAAAACUGUGAUUGAGUUGAUGAUGAGAACACGAAAGGAUGGUGCACAGAAAGUUCUGAAUGCUGAUCUCGGUUGGAGGAACUUGAUUGUGGACAACACGAUAGGUGGACCAUCAUACACCACUGCUACACCACCGACUAUACGUGGUAGUGGUGUUGGGCUGUCUGCUCGCUGUGUCGGCAGUGUCAUUGAUCCUCCACACCUGAUCUCAGAGCAA